UCUGCAUUCGAUGCCGGCAGUCGGUAUCGCCGGUGUGUCGUUUCGCUCCGUAAAGUUACGUUUUCCUUACGAUUAUUUUUUCUUAUUGUUACUUUUUUCUUCUGUUUAAGUUUUAUGUAAUUAUAUCAACAAUACUGGACGUUUAGUUAUCGAACUUGCUUGUUUGUGUUAAAAGUGCUUUUAGUUUGAAGAUAUUUCACAAUGACAAUUAUAUCACCGGCUUUUCUCAAGCAGUUAUGGCUGACCUUCGGCGCGUCUCUAGCGUUUCUAAUAAUCGGUCUGGUGCGGGGCUACUCCGCAUCCGCGAUACCGUCAAUUGAGACUUUCGACCCCACCUUCAUACAGCACAGCGAACAGAAGUCAUGGAUAGGAGCAAUUCCACCUCUGGGCGCGUUCCUGGGCAGCAUGCUGUCAGGGCCGCUGAUGCAGCGAGCAGGUCGCAAGCGCACUUUGCAGAUGACCGCGCCGCUAUGGGGCGGUGGUUGGCUACUGCUAGGCUUUGCUCCCGGAUUCGCUCUCAUACUUGUCGGCCGAUUCUUGUCCGGUCUCUGCGUUGGCUUCGUUUUAGCACCUGCACAAGUUUACGUAAGCGAGUGUUGCGACCCCGAGAUCCGAGGCCGGCUGGGCUCUCUACCUACGCUCUCUAUGUCUCUGGGCAUUCUUAUUUCCUACGUGGCCGGCAACUGGCUCUACUGGAGACAUCUUGCCUUUUUGUCGGCUGUCUUUUGUGCGGCUCUCUUCAUAGUACUCCUACCAUUGCCCGAGUCUCCGGUGUGGCUGAAGGCGCGAGGCCUGGACGCUGAGCCGUCGAUCAAAUGGCUGCAGCUGUCAAAUCGUGCUGUUGCCACACUGAAAGACGAAGACGAACAUCCUGAAAAAGCACCAGAAAUCGAACCAAAGAGUUUAUUUACGCGAGAAGUAUUUCUAUCGUCAGCGGUCAUCAAGCCUCUUAUCGUCGGCUUCGCUUUGCUCAUCUUCCAACAGUUCAGCGGUAUCGACGCCGUCAUAUUCUUCACAGUUGAGAUCUUCCAAAGUGCAGGAAGCAAGCUUGAAGCUAUGACGGCGACUAUAGUAGUCGGGGCAGUGCAGCCCAUGGGAGCAGCUUUCUACUUCCAAUUUGAAGCCGAAUCAUGGCUCGGAUAUCUGCCCAUCGUGAGUUUGGUAGUGUUCAUGCUCGGCUUCUCUCUCGGCUUCGGAGGUCUACCGUUCCUGUUGCUAGGCGAACUCUUCCCGGCACACUAUCGGUCCCAAUUGUCAGCUAUGGCCAGCGCUGUCAACCUUCUCUCCAUGUUCACGGUUAUCAAGUCGUACCAUGCUUUAGAAGCUGUGCUGACGUCAGCGGGUACAUUCUGGAUGUACACCGCGUUCUGUGCGGUUGCGUUCUUUUUUGUUCUAUUCAUGGUACCAGAGACGAAAGGGAAGUCGCUCGCUGAAAUCGAAGAACAUUUCCGCGGUAAGAAACGCAAGGAAGUCGUACAUUUGCAAUCGAUAUCGUAAUCUAUUAGCAAUGAAUGUAGACAAUCGAUUAACAAGGAACUGAGUUUUCCUAGUUGCUGACAUCCGUUAUUAAUUUGAGAUUUAAUUGACAUUAUGUUAAAGAUAAGGUUAUUUAUGAACAAUAAAACUGUUAAAAUCUUUAUAGGAUUACUUUAAUCUCAUAGUACUAUAAGUAUGCGGAUGAUUGUAACUGAUCUUAAAAAAUGAUAGAGUGACCGAAGUGGAAUUAUUGAGAUAACUCUAUUAGCGUGGCAAUUUUUGCUCCAUGAAUAUUUUUGAUAAUGUAAUAUUAUAAGUCAAUUUUAGUAUCCUUCAACUAUAGAACAAAAGAAUCGUACCGAAUGAUUCUUAUAAAUAAAAUUAAAAAUACAAUGAAAUCAAUCGAUAUUACACAGAAGUGGCCUAAACCAAUAAGCGAACUCGAACCAUUUUUGCUCGUAUUUGGUUGUAACUUUCAAUCUAUUUUCAAAAGUGUAAACGAUUUAAGAUUUAAGAAUUCCUUUUGAAGUAUUUUCAAUUUUAAAUUAAAGUUAUUAAAAUAUUCGAGUUCAAAUUGUAUCUUAUUAUUAUUUGGUUCAGUCGUAGGGCAAUUCCUCUUCCUAAAUGAAUAGAGCUGUGAUAUGUAGGUACGGUUGUUUAUUAUUAAUAGUUGAUAUUUUUAUUAUUUAGAUAUAUUAUGUCAAGUGUAGUUAGUUUUAUUGUUCGACAAUUAUUCUCUAACUAUUAUAUGCUAAAGUAUUAAAACGUUUUUUAUGACUUUUUAAACAAUGCAAUAUCGUAUUCAAGAAACAUAGACAUUUGAAAAACAUAGAUUUUGGUCAUUAGUUUUAUUCUAGUUUUUAUUAAAUUAAAUUAUCAAAAUUGAUUGGUCGGUGUAGUUUCUUUUAACACAUAA